AUGAGUGACUACUUCACUAAAUGGGUCGAAGCGGGCCCAAUGGCUGAUCAGAAAGCAGAGACGGUAGCUCGUGCGUUUAUUGACUGCGUAGUGUCUCGACAUGGCGUUCCUGUGAAGCUCCUCACUGAUCAAGGUAGAAACUUUGAGUCGCAGCUCAUGAAAGAAGUAUUCAAGCUGUUGGGCGUUCACAAGUUGCGGACAUCGCCAUAUCAUGACCAACAGACUGACGGCAGCACGGAGAUGCCCAAGACCCGAUUGAUUGUGUUGAACUACUGUGCUGAACUCGAGAUUACGCUGAAAGAGGUCCACGCGACGGUUGCUGAGAAAAUCAAGAAAGCACAGACCCAGCAGCAAACGCAAAAUUAUGAUGCACGUAACACUGCUCAUCAGACAGAAAUUCCGAGACCCGGAGACAUUGUAUGGUUACAUAGCACUGUCAUACCGAAAGGACGCAGUAGAAAGUUCCAGAAACCGUGGAUUGGUCCGUACGUCAUACUCCGUUGUCAAGGACGUUUAAACUAUGUGAUUCGUCCAAAAUCGGGAAAAGAAAGGAGCUGGUGUGUGCAUCGCAAUCGACUCAAGCUGGUACAGAAUCAGACGGAGGACAUCAACGAGCAAGACAUGUCAUCUCCAUUGUCAACCAAGAGGGAGAAUACCCAAGAGCAGAGAGUUGCUAAAUCGACGAUAGUUCAUAAGGAAGUUGAGGCAACGAAUAUGGUACCUCAAGGAGAUCUACCCGUCAGCGCCGACCACCUGAUC